AUGCACCUACACAUAGUUCUGUUGAUAAUUUUUUUAUCCCCCACAUUCAAAAGUUCAUUUCGUUUUCACAAGGAAAAGUCCUUUCGUAAAAAAAAAAGAAAAGAAAAAUCACUUCUUUCAAGAUUAUUCCUGUUUCUUCACUUCUUCAAUUUGAAGAUCAUUAUAUAUAAUUUAUUCAAUCAAGUAAUGCCUACUUAUAACUACAAGAACGGAGAUACAAUAGACGUCCAGAAAGAAUUUGACGUGAUUAAAGUUUCAGAUACCAAAUAUGUGGGGGUAAAGCCAUUAGUAAAACCACACCCAACAGUUCGAGGUGUAUUUGGUGGAAAUUUAGCAGGACAAGCUUUAUUAGUGGCCAUGAAAACUUGUGAUCCAGAAUUUAGUCCUCAUUCAUUGCAUUCAUAUUUCAUUCGUGCUGGAAGUGAUACCAUCCCUGUUGAAUGGGACGUUCAAGUGGUUUCAGAUGGUAAUUCAUUUUGCAAUAGAUCAGUCAAAGGAAUUCAAAAUGGUGUUGUUAUCUACAUAGCAAGUAUUUCAUUAACCAGAAGAAAUUCAUAUAAAGUAGCCAUGAAAAAAUAUGAAGACUAUCAUGCUGAGAUUCGUCAAAGAGCAAAAGAUGGUGAUGUUGACGAGGGUGAAGAAGAGGAUGACGAAGAUGAUGAAAAUGCACCUCAAAAACCAUUUGUUUUCCAAACUCCAAAUCACAAAUGGAUUAAAGAUCAUGAUAUUGAUAGUUUACCUGUAACUGAUAUGGAAUCAAAUCUUUUGUUGUAUUAUAAAUUCCCACCUGAACUUCUUAAAUUAGACUCUUCCAAAGAAGAAGAGGGAUUGCCGGUAUUUGAACGCAGAAUGAGUGCUUUAGUUAGAUGGGGUAUUGACAAUGAACAAGGAUUCAACCAACCAUUGGUUAAUCUUAAUAAAUCUUUCCAAUAUGUUGGGUUGGCUAAUAUUACAGAUGGAUUAUAUUUGGGUACUUUGAAUAGAAUUUUACGUAUCAAUGAUUUAAAUUUGGAUGAACGUGCCAUAAAUUAUCAAAGUUUAUCCUUGGACCAUAUUAUUUAUUUCCAUGAUGAUGAUUUUGAUGUGACUAAAUGGAUGGAUAUGUCUUAUAGAUGUACUAAAUUAACCCACAAUAGAGUUCUUUUUGAAGGUGAGAUUUAUAGCGACAAAGGAGUACAAGUUGCAUCUUUUAUACAAGAAGGCUUGGUUAAGUUUCAAGACAAACAUUUGAAAGAUGCAAAGUUGUAG